AUGGUCCCUAGCAGGAUCGAACUGCUGAUCUUGGUGUUAUUAGCACCACGCCUUAACCAACUAGGCCAAGGGACCCUAUCUUUUUCAAUUAUUAGCUAG